AUGGCCUCUAGUUCGGUCAAUAACAAACAGUCGAAGACGCACACUCGCAUGGUGCAGCCCGCGUUACCACUGGCCCUGGGGUCGAGGCCUCGAAAGGGUAAACCUGUCGCAGUUCAGCCUGACCCCGGGUCUGAGGUGGUUGACUCAGAGCCCACACCCCCAACCCAUGUCAAUGGUGGAGUCCCUGAUACAGAGACGCAGUCUGUUGCGGAGGGUCCUAGUACUGAGGUGCAUGAAGACACGAGUUCUCAGCGGAAAGAAAGUCCUCCCGUCGCAGGAAAAUCACAACCAGUCACCCCGCGCAGCGCUCCACCUGAGGAACUUGCAACUUACUCUGAAAGUCCUGUUGUAGAAGAAAAAGAGGUGGAUAAUACCUUGACUAGUCAGGAUGUCGAGACUAAUGUCGGACAUGGACCAGUGGCCGAAGCAGCAAACAAUCACACAGCAGAUGACAGCGGUCAAAUUUCUGUCCAAGAGCCAGAGGGAGAACAAGAAAACAGCGUCGAAACGAACGGCCACUUUCCAGAUCCUACCAAUGGUCCAGUCGAAGACGCUCGCGAUGAAGAGCCAGCAGUCCCCUCUGGUCCUCAACCCUCCGAAAAGACCGACAAAUCUCCCUCUACACCUCUCUAUGUGAAUGGAACCGGCUCAUCAGGCUCCACGCCGACAGAGAAUGAGGUCUUUCCACCACAGCAGGAACUGCCCAACCAUGAUGAGCCGCUCAAUCGUACUGACGAGAGCGCGCGAGCUGAUUCUACUGCGGAGGCCAUUCGCGAACGAGGAAUGAAUGGUUACCAUCAAUCAGCAACCACUGCGUUUGUUCAGCCUGCGACCGUGUCACGGUCAUUUAACGCUCUUCCCUCACUUCAAGAGCAUUUGCUUCUGCUCAACGCGACGAAAGAAGGUGUCGACAUCCUCAUCCAGAUCAACCCGAGCAACGCGCAGCCUUUUGUCAGCUACGCGCACUCAGUCAUUCUCUUCCGCAGCCUACGUCUACGAAGGCUGGUGACCCGUCAACAACAAGCUAAUCACAAUUAUGGCAGCAACGUUUUAACCCUUUAUCCAGCUCGCUAUGUCAUGCCACAUGCCUUUGAGGCGGCGUUACGUUUCCUCUACUCUGACACAGUUCUGGGAAAGGACUUUUUUGCCCAACCGCACCCUGGCGGAGACUACCAGUCUAUCAGAGUCCACAACCUCGACUAUCUCCUGUCAUAUUGGGUUUCUGGUAUCGAACUUGGUCUUGAGCCAGUCUCUAUCUGUGCAGAACGACUUCUGAACAACUACCUGGACUGGGAUAUUCUUGAGAUCACUUACAAGUAUGCAAUGGAGCUUGCCAGCUCGCCUUCCUCGUCCCACGGCAAGGCCAUGACCGGCUCCGAUUACAUCGUUGCCAGCAGCUCCAUUGUUAAGCAGAUCCUUCAGUUCUUGGCCAAUCAUAUCGACAUCAAGAAUUUCAAGCUGGUCACUGCCUUGAACCACACCCUAGUCCCUUCACGUCUCCCCCAAGUUGAAGACGGUCGUCCUAAGCACAACCCAGCACUAGCCUCUAUGGUGUUUGGCUCCAUGCCAUCAUCUGCGGAUAUGUCACCAUCUUCGCCACAGUCUGAGAUCCUCCCUACCGGAUCCAAUUUCAAAGACACCGUCGCCUCGAACAUUUUGCUGAAUGUCGAUUUCGAAAAUCUCUUCGCGUUCAACAACUUUAUCCAAGCACCCACCAUCCGAGAUGCUGCAACCACCAAACUCAUGGUUGAUGUGGUCACCGAACGCGAACUCCGCCGCCAGAGAAUCCACGACUCCCGCGUCCCCAACAAAGAACGCAUGGCGAAUUCGGCAGCGUGGGAACCGGUCGGCAUCAAAGAGCUGAUCCUGGAAACCAACGUGCUUCACCGCGACCGUGUAGGUUUCUUGGUUUCAUCCAAAUGGGCAGAAAAUGAGGCAAAAGUGAGGACGUAA